AUGAGAGCACCAUGGGCAGCAUUCGCACCCGUCAGGAAAGCUACGGACCAACUGACGGACCAAAAUCUUCGUGCCCAUCUGUUCUACUCGACAGUUCUUCCAGCGCUCUGUUACGCAGCGGAGACGUGGGCAGACACCGCUGCCACGUCUAGGAAGCUAGUUACUACCCACAGAGCCCUUGAGAGAUGUCUUCUGAAGUUUAACCGGCGCACACAACACCUAGCCGGUCUUCGCAGCUCCGACUUAAGAGGAAUGUCCCGUCUUCGCGAUCCAGGGGAAUAUGUAUCGAAAGCAAAACAUAGAUGGGCCGGUCACAUCAUGAGAAGAAUCGACGAUAGAUGGACUAAAAGAACGCAAGAGUGGAUCCCAAGAGAUGCUGAACGCUCGUGGAAGACCGCCAACGAGAUGGGGUGA